UCCCCCACCCCAUUACCAAUAUCUAUCUAUCUUUCUAUCUUAAAUGUCAGUGACAGUACCAUGGCUACAGAUAUUGGCCUUCUUUCCAAUAUGACUCAGAUCCAAAAAUCAUCACAAUCACAAUCUCAACAACACCAACCAAACCCUAAUUCCAACACCACUACACCCCCCUCACCAUCUUCAUCAACUUGGAUGUGGAACCCUAAACAACACCAAGAACAAGAAGAUGAAGAUUCAUGGGAGGUAAGGGCUUUUGCUGAAGACACAAGGAAUAUUAUGAACACAACAUGGCCACCAAGGUCCUACACCUGUACCUUUUGCAGAAGAGAGUUCCGGUCAGCUCAAGCUCUUGGUGGUCACAUGAAUGUUCACCGCCGCGACCGUGCUCGUCUCCAUCAAACCCAACCACCGUUAAAUUCUUCUCAUCCUUCAUCACCAUUCAUAAAUAUUCCUCCACAAGACCUUGUUGCUAAUGCUGGAUUGUGCCUUCUUUACCAUUUACCAAACCCUAAUAAUAAUGCUUUUGCUUCCUUCAAUAGUUCUAGUCCUAAUGGAGAAUCUCCUUCUACUUUUCUCUCAAUCUCAUCAUCAACAUCUUAUCCUCCAAAUAAUUUGAUGAUGCAAAUGCAAGCUUGUUCUCCAUCUUUUAAUUUUCAAGUGGAUAAUUCAGCUAGGUUGAUCAACAAUAGCAUUUCUUCUUUUUCUAGCAAAGUGGACCAGCAACAUGCUACUUGCACCUCCAUUGAUGAUAAUGGUCAUGAAAUUGAAGAGCUUGAUCUUGAGCUCCGUUUAGGGAACAAGCCAACACCAACUUGAAAAGGCAUAGAUAGAUAUUUAUAUUUGAAGUUUGAACCAUAUAUGGUGGUUAAUUGAUUUUAGUGUAUGUGAAGAAAAUUUAAAUUCUAAAUUCCAACAAGUACUUUUAAAUGAAUUAUUUGCUCGAUCUCUCUUUUUCAGUGUGUGGAGAAGAAAGUGUACUGUAAUUUGUUGAUGAUUGAGACACCAUGUCCAGCUUUUACAUAGCUGAAAUUGAUAGGACUAUGGGAUUUAUUUUUUGGUUGGGGCUCUAGGGAUUAAUUUCAAUAAAAUUUCAA